AUGGAAGAGGAUGGUCUUGUGCACCGGAGCACACGUAAACGGAGGAAAAAACUGGAUGGUGAGCCAGAGUUGGAAGAUACUGAGGAGGAUAUGGAGGACAGUAGUAAGGGGAGAACUAAUGGGGCGCCGUCUUUCCGUGAUAUGGUGGUUAAUGGAGGAGGAGACACUAGGGUUUCUGAGAGUAUUGGUAUUCCUAAUACUGAUAAUGCGACUGAUGUUCUCUUGGAUAAGGAGAAUGAUGAGGAGAAAGAUGAGCUUUGCCCUGAGAUUCGGUUGUCUAGGGAAGAGAAAGAGAGGUUGUAUAAGCUAUGGUCUCGUUCCUUGUUGAUCAAGUUAAUGGGAAAAACAAUAAGUUAUACCUAUUUGUUGUGGAGGAUCAAAGAGCCGUGCAAACCUACUUCCCCAAUAGAUAUUAUCUCUAUUGAGAAUGUGUUUUACUUGGUGAAAUUCAACAGUGCUGAUGAUUAUGAACAUGCACUCCUAGAGGGACCUUGGGUUAUCGCAGACCAUUAUUUGACUAUUUGCAGAUGGUGCCCGGAAUUUGAUCCUUUCCAAGCAACUUUUGAGAAGCUUACAGUAUGGAUUCAGUUUCCUUGCCUUCCGAUAGAAUAUUAUGAUGAGAACUUCCUUAUGAGAGUGGGAGCUAAGGUGGGUAAACCAAUAAGGGUGGAUACAAGGACGAGUUUGGUUUCUAGAGGCCGGUUCGCUAGGAUGUGUGUUGAAGUUGAUCUUUCUAAACCUCUUCUUUCGAAAUUCAAACUACAAAAACGUAUUAGAAAGAUUGAGUAUGGGGUCUGCAUAUGA